AUUUAAAUAUUGUUUAGUGAGUAAACACUACUGGUGUUUUAUCUUUUAAAUUCUGGUGAAUAAAUUGUACGUACCUAACAAGAUUACUAAGGGAAUUAUCAAAUUGGUUGACCCAUGUUUUACAGAUGUUACGGGUUACAGAGGCCACAGUUAGAAAAAGCGAAAAUGGAAGAGCAAGCGUGCUUGGUGCGCGCUCGGUCCGACUCUGAGACUUCAUCUAAGCUUAGCUUCGGCUCAAUCUCUCGGACAAUGGCGUACACAGAUGACAGACUUACAGCGACAGAAGGUGCAGGCGAACCUGGCAACACCGUCAAUAUGGCUGCCAGCGCGCCCGAUCACACCACCGAGAGUAACGAGAGUGGCGAGCUGCUCGACUACAACGAUUGUAGCGUACUAGAACAGUUUCACGAAGAUGCCCUCAAGCAGGCGGGUUGUGGAUUGUCACAGGCGCGUGUAUUGCUCGCGUGCGGACUUGCUAUUGGCGGGUCGGCACUUGAACUGGCUGCUAUUCCUUUCAUACUACCCUCCGCUGAAAUCGAGUUAUGCAUACUGCGCCACGAGAAGAGUUGGCUUGUGGGCGCGUCGCUGGGCAGCGUGGGAUGGGGCGCUCUAUGUGAACGGUUGGGUCGACGACGUACAUUACUGUCCAGUUUAGCAGUGAAUGCCGUUUUUGCAGCGGUUGCAGCGUUCAUGCCCACUUAUGGGACUUUCAUGAUGGCCAGGUUCUGUUCGGCGAUAGGUUCUGGUGGUGUGACGCCCGCGUGCUACUCGUACGCCUACGAGACGGUGCCGCGGCUGUGCAGGCGGCGCGCGCUGGCCGCGCUGCCGCUGUGCGCGGGCGCGGGCGCGCUCAGCGCGGCGGCACUCGCGCGCGCCGCCCUCCCCCCCACCGGCGCGGACACGCUGCUCGAGGACCGGGAGCACUUCAGCGCGUGGCACCGAACAUUCACACCGGCAACCAGUUUCGUAUAUGCGGAAAGUCUCAAGUGGGUCGUGCUGACUCUGAAUACAGACUCGGAGAACUUGCUUUACCCGGCAAACGGAGGGCGCCCGCGUUACAUCACGUGCGGCACAGCGUCAAAAUGGUUAGUAUCAAUUCAAACAACAUUAAAUACUAGAUUUUUGGCAAGCGUUCUUCCAGCUGUUCUCUGGCGCCUACAGGAGUACUACUCUUUCACUAGGCGGUGUCAUGCUUUUUAUGCUAGCUAUACAGCAACAGUGGUGGCGAAAGAGAACGCUCUUCUGGAAGCGUCGAAACAUAUCGAACAGAACGCAACGUACGAGAAACAGCUUUACAACCAAACGCUGGAGAACAUAGAGUUCGCGAACGUAACAUUCGUGGAGUGCACGUUCAGAGACAUGUUAAUGUCGCGCGCAUCCUUUAGGAACUGUUCGUUCGCAGGCGUAGCGUUCGCGAACAUCAAGACUUCGAAUACUGGUUUCUUUGGUUGCAGUUUUGUAAAUACUACUAUAAUAGACUCGGACAUCGAGAUGGGUCGCGAGUUGGACGAGUGGUGUGUACUCCGCAAUACCGUGAUCCGCGGCAUGCGGGGCGGAUGCCGCGCGGACCUGUCGUCCUCGCUGGCGGGACUCGUGGCCGAGCAGAGCUACGCCGCCCACGCCAUGCUGCUAGCCGCUGCCGUCGCUGCCGCGCCAACACACCCACGAGCGAUAGGUCAGUCCAACACACUAGCAUUAGCAGAACUACGCCGCGCCAACACACCCACGUGCGAUAGUGUACCUAUGCGCAGCGUGCUUGUUACUAUCCCCCUCGCUUUACAUAGUGCAGAGUGUACUGCGCACGGUCUAAUUCUGUCUGUGGCGUACAUGGGCGCGGCUAUACUUAGGGGUGUGGGCGACACUAACGCGAUACUGAGCAGCGUGCUCUGUUGCUGUCUCGCUCUCGCCAGCACAGCGCUCGCCACACAAACUAAACACAUUGAACACAGGUAAUAAUAUCAAC